UAAAUUACAUCGUAGUACCCCCUUCCAAAGUGAGAGGAUGGACCUUGGUUCGUUCAAAUCAUUGUCAUCAUAAUCUAUCAAUGAAAUUCAUUGCAACUAGCCACUGAAAGCUACCUCAACAGUGCGAUAAACCCAUUCCCAGGACAUUGUACUGUGCAGUGUUUUUUGAAAUUCAUCAAAAUCCAUGAAAACACACGAAUGCAACCGUUAAAGAUGAAGAAGUGAUAACGAAUGCCUGAGACUCGGAAAAUCAUAACAUGUCGAAUGACAGUCCCCACCCCGGCCCGGAGAAUCUCCAGGAAAUUGAAAUGGACUCUCCCCCAACACCACUGACCGGCUUUCGUCUUCCAAGGGUCCAGAUGCCCUUUCAAAGGUUAAAUGAGUCAACACAGUCAGAAUCUGCCGCGAGGGCCCUGAGAUACAGGAGCAGAGCAGUGAGAUUCCAUCCACCUACAGACCUAUCGAAUCAACCUGACAUGUCAGACAGGGAGUACAUUCUGGUGGAGCCAUCGAACCAGGGACUUCGAAGAGACUGCAACAGUGACUCCUUCGACGUGUCAGAUACCCAAGCAGCUGCUAUAUCGUCCGAGGAGGAAUUGACCUGCAAUUCCACCUCGAAUAUCGAUCAAGAAUUAUCCAUAGAUGUUACUGAUGGUGCAUCAACUCCGAAUCACACGUCAGCCAGUGCCUCGACAUUGAGCUCUGACGACGAUAAGCGAUACUGUUGGGUAUGUUUUGCCACUGACGAGGACGAUGCAACAGCCUCGUGGGUCAAGCCAUGUCACUGUCGUGGAACGACAAAGUGGGUCCACCAAGGAUGCAUACAACGGUGGGUCGAUGAGAAGCAGAAGGGGAGAGCUGGGGCGUACGUCGCCUGUCCCCAGUGUAACACAGAGUACAUCAUUGUUUAUCCGAAUAUGGGUCCUUUAGUCGUGAUUCUGGACACAAUCGAUGGAGUUAUAUUUCGAGUGUGUCCGUUCAUAGCUGCCAGUAUCGUGGUUGGAUCUAUUUAUUGGACAGCUGUGACAUACGGAGCUGUCACAGUGAUGCAAGUCGUUGGACACAAGGAUGGGCUCACGAUGAUGGAGCAGGCGGAUCCACUGGUGCUAUUGGUCGGUUUGCCAACCAUUCCAAUUAUGCUAGUGCUUGGGAAAAUGCUCAGGUGGGAGGACCAGGCCCUGAGCUUGCUCAGGAGACACGCCUGCAAGGUACCUAUUCUCAGGCAUUUUUUGCCCAGCACCUAUGCCAUUGACGACAGAACACAGUCACACGAUGUACCACCCAUGUCAGAUCCAGUUUCGGCUACUAGGGUUCUAUGUGGAGCCCUACUGCUACCCACUAUUGCCAGUAUUUGUGGGAGAAUAUUCUUCGAGAGCAUUCAUUCUAAUUUUCAACGCACUUUACUGGGGGGCAUUGCAUUCAUCACGAUUAAGGGGGCGUUUAAAAUAUAUCAUAAACAACAGCAGUAUGUGAGACAGUGCCAGAGGCGGAUUAUGGAUUAUACGGAGAGCAAUGUCGCCAUGUACAAGAGACAACAAAAUUCAGAGAACAGUCAGACUAGCUAAAUUGUGGAGAUGCAUCACGAGUGGGUUUAGGGGGGCUACACGCGGUGGAAUUAAUUGGUUAAUUAAUUUCGAUGGAGUUUUUUCGGAGGAUGAAUCAGUUGUAAAGAGUCGCAUUAUUGAUGAGAUUGUAAUGAUAUAGACAGUUUUAGGUGAACGAGGCAAUUAUCAAUAUGGAGAAUUUUUAUUUUUGUUCUAUAGACGAUUUAUCUGUUCAUCGUAUUGUCAUCGUUUUAUACAGCCCGAAAGAUAAUGAAAUAAAUAAUGAUAAAACGCGAAUUCUCGUUGACAUUGUCGUAUUAUGAUGGGCCUCGUGAGGAAGAAAGGACAUUGAGUAGAUUAUCCAUAUCCCAUGAAAGAUAAAUAGGAAUGUAAUUACUCCUUUCAUUCCUACGUAAUGGAGAAUUUGUUGAUGCGCGGAGUUUUUUUUUCAAACUGAAUUCAUGACGAAUUUUAUUUUAUGAUAAAGGUGUAGAUAAUGGAAAUAAAUUUCAGCUUGGUUCAGAGCAUUUAUAAAAUGUG